AUGAGCCGUAGGGUAAGGAGAAAAUUGGAAGAGGGAAAUGGGAAAGAUAAGGUUGUUUUGCCAAGUUAUCCUGAGACUAGCGAUGAGGAUUUAGGAGUAGCUCCUGAGAUUCUUCUUCAUGGUUUUGUUGAUUGGACUAGUCUGCCUUAUGACACAGUGAUUCAGUUGUUUACUUGUUUGAACUAUCGCGAUCGAGCUAGCUUGGCGUCAACUUGUAAGACAUGGAGAGGUCUUGGUGCUUCUUCUUGUUUGUGGAGUUCUUUGGAUCUUCGUGCUCACAAGUUUGGUGCUACAAUGGCGGCUUCUCUUGCUUCUAGGUGUGUUAAUCUUCAUAACUUAAGGUUUCGUGGGAUUGAAUCAGCUGAUUCCCUUAUACAUCUCAAAGCAAGGAAUCUACUUGAAUUAAGCGUUUGGAGAUCUAACUGUGUUCUGCUUUUCAAGGCUGCUCGUGCUUUAGCUAAUUUGGCUGCUCAUGGAGACAGCAACAAUAAUAAUGCUGCGGUUGGACAAGAAGCAGGCGCAUUAGAAGCUCUUGUCCAACUUACACAAUNCCUCACUGAUCUCGGGUUCUUAGAUUGUCUUAACGUCGAUGAGGAGGCUCUGGGAAAAGUUGUAUCUGUUCGGUACCUCUCUGUUGCUGGGACAUCAAACAUAAAAUGGUCAAUUGCAUCGAAUCAAUGGGAUAAGCUUCCGAAACUAACCUGUUUAGAUGUCUCUAGGACUGACAUUGGUCCCUCCACAGUUUCUAGGCUCUUGACAUCGUCGCAGAGCUUAAAAGUAUUGUGUGCUUUAAACUGUCAUGUCCUCGAAGAGGAUACAAGUUUCAUCAGCUCCAACAGCUUCAAAGGAAAAGUCAUACUUGCUCUGUUCACUAACGUUUUCGAUGGACUUGCUUCUAUAUUCGCCGGUUAUACAAAGAAACCCAAGGAGAUCUUUUCCUAUUGGAGAGAAUUGAUGAAAACAACCAAGGAUAAAGCCGUUGAUGACAUUAUGCUUUGGAGCGAAUGGUUUAUCUCUCAUACGCUUCUACGAACUGCAGAGUGUAAUCCACAAGGAUUGGAUGAUUUUUGGCUGAAUCAAGGAGCCGCAUUGCUGCUUACUUUAAUGCAAAGCUCACAGGAAGAUGUCCAAGAGAGAUCAGCUACUGGACUUGCAACAUUUGUAGUUAUUGAUGAUGAGAAUGCUAGUAUAGACUGUGGAAGAGCUGAAGCAGUUAUGAAAGAUGGAGGUAUCCGUCUUCUUCUAGAACUUGCUAAAUCAUGGCGAGAAGGGCUUCAGUCAGAAGCUGCAAAGGCUAUUGCAAAUUUGUCAGUAAAUGCUAAUGUUGCAAAGUCUGUUGCUGAAGAAGGAGGAAUCAGAAUUCUCGCUGGUUUGGCAAAGUCAACGAACAGACUUGUGGCUGAGGAAGCUGCUGGUGGACUAUGGAAUCUCUCUGUUGGAGAAGAGCAUAAGAAUGCUAUUGCUCAAGCUGGAGGAGUGAAGGCACUGGUCGACCUUAUAUUUAGAUGGCCAACUGGCUGUGAUGGAGUCUUGGAACGAGCUGCGGGAGCAUUAGCAAACUUAGCAGCAGAUGAUAAAUGCAGCAUGGAAGUCGCAACAGCGGGAGGUGUACAUGCUCUUGUGAUGUUAGCUCGGAAUUGCAAGUACGAGGGAGUGCAAGAACAGGCUGCUCGUGCUUUAGCUAAUUUGGCUGCUCAUGGAGACAGCAACAAUAAUAAUGCUGCGGUUGGACAAGAAGCAGGCGCAUUAGAAGCUCUUGUCCAACUUACACAAUCGGCUCAUGAAGGUGUUAGACAAGAAGCUGCUGGUGCGCUAUGGAAUUUGUCGUUUGAUGAUAAGAAUCGAGAAUCUAUCGCUGCAGUUGGUGGCGUUGAAGCUUUGGUGGUGCUCGCGCAGUCUUGCUCAAAUGCAUCAACAGGUCUUCAAGAAAGAGCUGCUGGUGCACUUUGGGGAUUAUCUGUGUCAGAAGCAAACAGUGUCGCAAUUGGACGUGAAGGUGGGGUUCCACCACUUAUUGCACUUGCACGGUCUGAAGCCGAGGAUGUACAUGAAACUGCAGCAGGAGCUCUUUGGAAUCUGGCUUUUAAUCCUGGUAAUGCACUCCGCAUUGUUGAGGAAGGAGGAGUUCCAGCUCUUGUUCACUUGUGUUUGUCUUCCGUCUCAAAAAUGGCUCGAUUCAUGGCUGCAUUGGCUUUGGCAUACAUGUUUGAUGGAAGGAUGGAUGAAUACGCUCUGAUGAUCGGAACUUCUUCAUCAGAAAGCACAUCUAAAAGCAUUAGCUUAGAUGGGGCAAGAACGAUGGCACUUAAAAACAUUGAAGCUUUUGUUAAAACUUUCAUGGAUCCUCAAAUCUUUGCAGCUGCUCCUGUUUUAUCUACUCCUAUUAUGUUGGCACAAGUGACAGAGAGAGCUCGCAUACAAGAAGCUGGGCACUUGAGAUGCAGUGGGGCUGAAAUUGGAAGAUUUGUAACAAUGUUGCGCAACCCUAAUUCGACACUCAAAGCAUGCGCUGCGUUUGCACUUCUUCAGUUUACAAUACCAGGUGGUCGUCAUGCAGUGCAUCACGCAAGCCUUAUGCAGAAUGGGGGAGAAGCAAGAUUUCUUCGUUCUGCAGCUGCUGCUGCAAAAACGCCUCGUGAAGCUAAGAUCUUUGUGAAGAUUAUCUUACGCAACCUCGAGCAUCACCAGGCGGAAUCUUCCAUUUGAGCCUUUUAGAAAGAAAGAAAAAAUGAUAGUGCCAUUGACUUAGAAAUUACCUCUGUAUCUCAUCGAAUAGACAAGAAGCUAAAGCCAUACUGCAAAAACCAAACUUCUCAAGAUGCUUUUAUCAGAUCCAAAGAAUGUCCUCUCUGUGACUUGUGUUCGUCUUUAUCACGUUUUUGAGAAAUUUUCUGUAAUAACAGGUCCAAAGGAUUAGGAAAGUGGUUUCUAUAUAUCCUAUCUUCUUUCAUCA